AUGCUUGUGGGUGAGAUAUUUGCAGAUAUGACAAAAAGGAAGGAAAAAUUCGAGAAGAAAACAGGUGUUAGCUUGGACAACUAUUACAGAUUGGCUGCAAGCGAAGUCGAGAAUGGGAAGAAAAGAAAAAAAAUGUCUGAGUCGAAUGGAAGCAACAAGGCCCUCGG